CUCUCUCUCUCUCUCUCUCUCUCUCUCUCUCUCUCUCAGGCCUCCUUGGGGAGCUGUCAUCUUGCAACCACAGAGCCCUGCAUGCCAUUGCAGGGGCAACCCGGCAGGCAGGGCCCCUCCCCAAGCCGGGCUGACGGCGCCGACACACAGGAGCCGGGCGCAGGGCUGGGCUCAGCUCCCGACAAGGCGGCAGGGAGCGCGCUCGCUCACGCCCACGCCCCCCACGUCCGAGGUCGCACACUUGGCGCUCACCCUGCUGAGCGCACGCCACACACCAGGGCGCACGCACACCGUGAGGCUAGUGACUGCCCUGUCCGCGACAUCGGCAGCCUAGAGCGAUUGGGGAGCUCAGCCUGGUCCCCCGAGGGCGCCGCCGGCCGCCCCGCCCCGUCCCGCCCCCCGAACCAGCCGGGCCCUGCCGCCGUGGGCCGCAAAAUUUGGCCGUGCGAGUCCCCCAGACAGUACCUGGCUCGUCUCCGCACCCGGUUACCGCCGCGGGGCUUGGGGGCGUGGAUGCACCGCGCGCCCCUCGCCCACCUCGUUACCCGGAGUCCCGCACGCCCAGGCUCCCCGAGCUCCGCCUGGACUCCCGCCCCGCUCCGCAGUCCGGUAGGCAUGGCGCGUGACCCCACGCGGACCGGACCGGAGCCCCGACUGCUGCCGCUCCUGCCUUUGCUCCUGCUGCUCCGGGACGCGGGCUGCAGCCACUCGGCCCCCUCUUGGCCCUUGCCGCCUGCGGCCGCCCCUGUAGCCGCUGACAACCUGCAGGAGUCACCCCCAGGGAACGCGGCUGCAGCAGCGCUGGGCCCAGGCGCCCGGGACGUGGUCGCUGUCCACAUGCUCCGGCUCUAUGAGAAGUACAGCCGGAGGGGCACGCAGCUUGGAGGCGGCAACACUGUGCGCAGCUUCAGAGCCCGGCUGGAAGUGGUCGACCAGAAGGCUGUGUAUUUCUUCAACCUGAGCUCCAUACAGGACUCGGAGAUGAUCCUCACGGCCACCUUUCACUUCUACUUGGAGCCACCACGGUGGCCCCGGGCACACAAUGUGCCCUGUAAGCCUCGGGCCAAGAGCGCCCUGUGCCGCCUGCCACCCCCAGGUCCUGCGCGCCUCAACGUGCUCUUCCGCAGCCUGGCACAGAAUGCGGCUACUCAGGGGCUGCUGCGCGGAGCCAUGGCCUUGACGCCCCCGCCCCGCGGCCUGUGGCAGGCCAAGGACAUCUCUGCCAUCCUCAAGGCGGCGCGCCGCGACGGCGAGCUUCUUCUGUCGGCCCAGCUGGACUCUGCAGAGAGAGACCCGGGGCUGCCCAAGUCCACUCCUCACGCUCCCUACAUCCUUGUCUAUGCCAAUGACCUGGCCAUCUCGGAGCCCAACAGCGUGGCAGUGACGCUGCAGAGAUAUGACCCUUUUCCUGCAGGGGACCCCGCGCCUCGCGCCGCCGCCCACAAUAGCUCCUUGGAUCCCCGCGUGCGCCGGGCCGCGCAGGCCCCCGGGCCACUGCACGACAAUGAGCUGCCCGGGCUGGAUGAAUGGCCGGCACGAGCGCCCUUGGCCCCGCACUUUCACAAGCAGGAGCUGUGGCCUGGCCCAUUCCGCCCGCUGAAGCCCCGGCCUUCGCGCAAGGAUCGCAGGAAGAAGGGCCAUGACUCUUUCCCGGCUGCCGCCUCGCAGGUGCUGGACUUCGACGAGAAGACUAUGCAGAAAGCGCGGAAGAGGCAGUGGGACGAGCCGAGAGUCUGCGCGCGGCGGUACAUGAAGGUGGACUUCGCAGACAUUGGGUGGAACGAAUGGGUCAUCUCACCCAAGUCCUUUGAUGCCUACUACUGUGCAGGAGCAUGCGAGUUCCCCAUGCCCAAGAUUGUCCGCCCAUCCAACCACGCCACCAUCCAGAGCAUUGUCAGGGCCGUGGGCAUCAUCCCAGGCAUCCCAGAGCCCUGCUGCGUUCCAGACAAGAUGAACUCACUUGGGGUCCUCUUCCUGGAUGAGAACCGGAAUGUGGUUCUGAAGGUGUACCCCAACAUGUCUGUGGAGACGUGUGCCUGCCGGUAAGGCCGCUCCGGAGAAGGCAGCCUCACCCAGCGGAGCCUGCGGGAGCUGGGCUUGGACUGGCAGAACAUCUGUGGAUGCAGGGCGGAACUAAACUGCAGCCCUACUGGACCCAGAAAGAUCUUGGGUCUUCGCUGCUGGUGACAGAGCCCUCCGAAUGCUUUCUGAGUCACACCCUGAAGGAGUCUGGAAGUAGCCCUGGCCUGAAGGUCGCCCAUUGACCCACUGUCCUCAAAGCCUGCAAGCUUGCCCAGGGCAUUGAUCUGUGUGUUCAUCUCAAAUCUUGGGAGGGCUGUGAACAUUUGGGGGUGCUCAGUUUCCAUGUAGAAAGAACUGCUCUUUAAACGCUCACUUUAAAACUCUUUAGGCUACAAACUGGAAAAAGGGCCUCAAAGUGGCAUAAAUGUGUGUCUUCUUUCCCACUCCAGUGCAGAUGCUUUUCUACAGUAUGCACAUAUAACCAUUGUGGGUUUCUUUCUUUUAAUAUAUAUUUUGUUUUAAAACAAAAGGGCAGGAGUUGACACCAUUCCUCACAGAGAUAAUCAAGCUGGCUAGGUUGGGUUGUUUAAAUGCGUAUGAAAGUAACAUACACAGUAAUAUGUUGGGAUACUAAAAAAUAACCAAGAUUUUAUAUUUUUGUAAAUUAUACUUUGUAUACUGUAGAUUGUGUAUGUUCUGUGUUUUUAUGGAAAGCUAAUAAACUAAAGGGGAAGUGGUAUCUUGAAAAAGUCAAA